GCAAAGGAAGAAACUCUUGUCCUCCGUCCCUCACUCCUCCCUCCUUCCUUUCAUAGUUAUUUUCUCUGUCACCAAUUUGCCAGUAUUUCUUUUCCUACCACAAGAGCAAUCAAUAUGCCUGAGGCACCAAAAGAUGAGGGGGCUUAUGCUCAUGCUCACGACGACGCUAACACUAUCUACAGUGUUGCUGAGGAGAAAAACAAGAAAUUUCUUCAGUUUAUUGAAGAAGUCACCGCUAACGCUGACGAGGUCCAAAAAAGGGUUCUUGCUGAAAUCUUGUCUAGGAAUGCCCAUGUCGAGUGCUUAAAAAGACAUGGCCUUAAUGGUCAGACUGAUAGAGAAACUUUCAAGAAAAUCAUGCCUGUCACCACUUACGAGGAUAUUCAGCCUGAUGUUAACCGUAUUGCUAAUGGGGACAAGUCUCAUAUCAUCUGUUCACAGCCCAUCUCCGAGUUCUUGACAAGUUCUGGGACAUCUGGUGGAGAGAGGAAAUUGAUGCCUACAACUGAGGAAGAACUAGAAAGGAGAUCAUUGCUUUACAAUCUUCUGAUGCCUGUGAUGAGUCAAUUUGUUCCCGGACUAGAGAGAAGCAAAGGAAUGUAUUUCGUGUUUAUCAAAUCUGAGGUUAAGACCCCAGGUGGGCUAGUGGCUCAUCCUGUUUUAACUAGUUACUACAAAAGUUCCCACUUUAAGAACAGGUCUUUUGACCCUUACACGAACUAUACUAGCCCAAACGAGACCAUCUUGUGCCCUGACUCUUAUCAGAGCAUGUAUUCCCAAAUGCUUUGUGGGUUGUGCCUAAACAAAGAGGUCCUCCGGGUUGGUGCUGUUUUUGCCUCGGGUUUCAUCCGAGCAAUCCGUUUUCUUGAAAAGCAUUGGUCACUUCUGUGCAAUGAUAUCCGAACUGGAACUCUAAACCCACAAAUUACUGACCCGUCUGUGAGGGAAGCAGUGAUGAAAAUUCUAAAGCCUGACCCACAACUUGCUGAAUUCAUCGAGGGGGAAUGUGGGAUGGAGUCUUGGCAAGGGAUUAUUACUAGGUUGUGGCCAAACACCAAGUAUAUUGAUGUUAUCGUGACUGGGACCAUGUCACAGUACAUACCAACUCUGGAUUACUAUAGCAAUGGCCUACCUCUUGUUUGCACCAGGUAUGCUUCUUCAGAGUGCUUUUUAGGUGUCAAUCUCAACCCUCUUUGCAAGCCAAGCGAAGUUUCCUAUACCCUCAUUCCCACCGUGGGAUAUUUCGAAUUCUUGCCGGUUGACAGAAACAAUGGCGUUACAAAUUGUAUAUCCAUGCCGAAAUCCCUCAAUGGGAAGGAGAAACAGGAACUGGUUGAUCUCGCUGAUGUUAAGCUUGGACAGGAGUACGAGCUUGUUGUCACCACUUAUGCAGGCCUUUAUCGGUAUAGAGUGGGAGAUGUACUAAGGGUUGCUGGAUUCAAGAACAAGGCCCCUCAAUUCAACUUCAUAUGCCGCAAGAAUGUGGUCUUAAGCAUUGAUACUGAUAAGACUGAUGAGGUUGAGCUACAAAAUGCAGUGAAAAAUGCAGUGAGCCAUUUGGUCCCGUUUGAUGCCCGGGUGACAGAUUACACUAGCUAUGCUGAUACCACUACAAUUCCUGGACAUUAUGUUCUUUUCUGGGAGCUUAGCCUGAAUGGCUCGACCCCAAUUCCUCCUUCAGUUUUUGAGGACUGUUGCCUGGCCGUUGAGGAGUCGCUCAACAGUGUCUACCGCCAGGGUCGUGUUUCUGACAAGUCAAUCGGCCCUCUUGAGAUCAAGAUUGUGGAGGCUGGCACAUUUGAUAAGCUUAUGGACCAUGCCCUUAGCUUAGGAGCUUCAAUUAAUCAGUAUAAAACUCCCCGUUGCGUCAAGUUUGCACCAAUUGUUGAACUUUUGAACUCGAGGGUUAAGGCCAGCUACUCCAGUCCAAAAUGUCCCAAGUGGGUUGCUGGUCAUAAGAAGUGGAAUAUCAACGUGAAAUAAGGAAGCUUGGAAGCGCUCAUCUUGGUAGCUGUCUUUGGAUAUCCCCUCCCCAAAUUGAAAAUUAAGCAAAAAAAACAAAGAACUGUUUUGUGAUCAUCCAUCUUAGUGCUUAGGAACUAAAGCCCCGUGUAGGUUAAACCCCCAUGAUUUUAAUGUUUAUUUGAAUCUUUGUUCAAUUUUAACUGCUGCUCCCUUAUUAUGAUAGAUAUUUUAUUUAACCUCUUGUA